GCAGCUUCCCUGGAGGUCUCAGAGAGCCCUGGGAGUAUCCAAGUGGCCCGGGGUCAGACGGCCGUCCUGCCCUGUACGUUCACUACCAAUGCUGCCCUCAUUAACCUCAAUGUCAUUUGGAUGGUCAUUCCUCUCGCAAAUGCCAACCAACCUGAGCAGGUCAUUCUGUAUCAGGGUGGACAGAUGUUUGAUGGUGCCCCCCAGUUCCACGGUAGGGUAGGAUUUACAGGCACCAUGCCAGCCACCAAUGUCUCUAUCUUCAUUAACAACACUCAGCUCUCAGACACAGGCACCUACCAGUGUUUGGUUAACAACCUUCCGGAUAGAGGGGGCAGGAACAUUGGGGUCACCGGUCUCACAGUUUUGGUUCCCCCUUCUGCCCCUCACUGCCAAAUCCAAGGAUCCCAGGAUAUCGGCAGCGACGUCAUCCUGCUCUGUAGCUCAGAGGAAGGCAUUCCUCGACCAACUUACCUUUGGGAGAAGCUAGACAAUACCCUCAAACUACCUCCAACAGCCACUCAGGACCAGGUCCAAGGGACAGUCACCAUCCGGAACAUCAGCACUCUGUCUUCAGGUUUGUACCAGUGUGUGGCUUCUAACGCCAUAGGAACCAGCACCUGUCUUUUGGAUCUCCAGGUGAUCUCCCCCCAGCCCAGGAACAUUGGACUAAUAGCUGGAACCAUUGGCACUGGGGCAGUUAUUGUCAUUUUUUGCAUUGCACUAAUUUUAGGGGCAUUCUUUUACUGGAGAAGCAAAAAUAAAGAGGAGGAGGAAGAGGAAAUUCCUAAUGAAAUAAGAGAGGAUGAUCUUCCACCCAAAUGUUCUUCUGCCAAAGCAUUUCACACUGAGAUGUCCUCCUCAGAGAACAACACGUUGACCUCCUCCAAUACCUACAACAGCCGAUACUGGAGCAACAAUCCAAAAGUUCACAGAAACGCAGAGUCAUUCAGCCACUUCGGUGACUUGCGCCAGUCUUUCUCCCUGCGCUCAGGCAGUGCCAACAUCCAGUCCGUCUGUGCUAACGGGAACUACCUGGUCCCAGCUCCACAGAAGACUCUGGUAGUGACAGCCAACAGAGGCUCCUCGCCGCAGGCCGUGCCCAGGAGCAAUGGCUCGGUCAGCAGGAAACCUCGGCCUCAGCACACACGCUCCUACGCGGUCAGCCAAGCAACCCUGGAGCGAAUCGGCGCCGUCCCGGUCAUGGUGCCUGCCCAGAGCCGGGCUGGGUCCCUCGUGUAGGAAAAGAGCGGAUAGAGUGUUCAGGAAAGAACCAGUGCAGUGCCCUGUGCAAGGGGUGGGUGUGGUGGGUGAGUCCUGGGAAGGCAACACUCUUCUUAUCGUGAUACCAGUAAAAAGCACAAAGAAGUCUGAUGCUGUUACCUGGCCACUAAGAUUUGUGAAACGAACCAGAAUAUCUAUCCUGAGACUUGUUUCCCCACCACACAUGUCCAGGAUCCUUCUCAGUAAGCUGGAUCUCAAAGAGGUGCCAAGCCAAGAAAAAGAUGUAAGAGCCGAGUAGCAUAUAAAAUCUAAACUGCAGUCCAGACGGGUUUGUUCUUUAGCUCAUACCUAACAAUAAUUUUUCCAGAGACUCAAGUGCCAGAUGGAAUUUAGUAAUGAAAUUGUUUUAGAAGGUGGGUGUCUUUAGAAAAAACAAUGAACAUCCUGGGAUAUCUUCCACCUCUUCCCAUUCCCUCGUUAUGUAGAGGGCACAGGGCAUGAAUGGCUAGUAUUUGUCCCAGCAGGGCUGGCUUAUAACACAGAAUCAAAACUUUUUACACAAACAAAAUUCAUUAAGAAAUGGGGGAAAACAAAAAAAAAUCUUCCUUGGGGAGCCCAUUCAUAUUUAUUUCUGAUCCAUAAAUUUCAUAUUUGGAAUAUUGCUCUUGACAGAUUCUUGCCUGUCUGUGUUUUUCUAGGGUCUGCUACAGGUCCAUAACAAUUACU